AUGCCUAGCCCUUUAUUUCACCCCGAGAUUAUGGACCACGACGUGGUGAUCAGCAGCCAGCACAACGGGGUCGGUAUGCCCCGAGAUACUGACCAGGAGACCCGGGACGAGGACCACCAAGAGGUGCUCCGCUUUGCCCUGGACCAGCUGUCACUAAUGGCCCUGGAGAAGGUGGACUGUGGCGGGGGCAGCGGAGGCGGCGGGCUGGUCGACAGUCUGGAUGGGACCCAGGGUCCGGGCUCUGAUGGCUGCAACGGUGUGGGUGGAGGGGGCUUUGUGGAUCUACAAAUGAUGGAGCACCCCGGCGGGUCCCGAGACUCGCCGUCGUCCUGCUCUCCAUCCCCGGAGUACUACGGCUCGGGCGGGUACCACAUGGCCGGCUCGCACUCCAUGCUUCACGGGGAACAAAGCUCCGUCCUCUGCAACAGGAAAAGAAGUGUCAACAUGACUGAAUGUGUGCCUGUGCCCAGCUCUGAACAUGUGGCCGAAAUAGUGGGGAGACAAGGUUGUAAGAUCAAGGCCUUGCGUGCCAAAACCAACACCUACAUAAAGACUCCAGUGAGGGGCGAGGAUCCUGUGUUCAUCGUGACAGGACGAAGGGAGGAUGUGGAAAUGGCCAAGCGCGAAAUUGUCUCUGCGGCUGAGCAUUUCUCCAUGAUCCGAGCAUCUCGCUGCAAAGCUGGAGGACCUGGAGGUAGUGGCUCCCUUCCUGGACCACCACACCUACCUGGACAGACCACCAUACAGGUGAGGGUUCCCUAUAGAGUUGUUGGUUUGGUUGUUGGACCAAAGGGAGCGACUAUCAAGCGCAUCCAGCAGCAGACUCACACUUACAUCGUGACACCGAGCCGAGAGAAAGACCCGGUGUUUGAGGUGACCGGGAUGCCAGAAAAUGUGGACCGAGCAAGAGAAGAAAUCGAGACUCACAUCACUCUGCGAACUGGGACCUUCGUUGACCUGCAAGGGGACAACGACUUCCACACCAACGGCACCGAUGUCAGCCUGGAGGGCCUGGGCUCCCUGAGCGGAGGCCUGGGCGCAUCCCUGUGGUCGAGGGCAACCAGUCACCAUUCUGUCCCGCCUCCUCCUCCACCUUCUACUUCUUCCCCUCCUCCUCUUCCCAUCUCCAUGCACCACUCCUCCAGCCGUAAGAUGUCCUCCUCCAUUGCCUAUCACACGCACAAUGGUGGGAUGAGCUCAGACAGUUUCAGCGCCAACCGCAAGAGCAAUGAAGGAGGCAGCCCCACCAGCCCAUUUAGCACCGGCUCCAGCAGUGCUGGGGCAGGAUUCACGUUCGGGGGGGACUCCACGCCAGGGCUGGCCUCCUCCGAUGAACUGGGCUUUGAGUUCAGCGCUUCCAACAUCUGGGCACCCUUCAUCAACGGCGGAACAGGCAAUAAGACAGCUGGCUCCUCUCAGCAGCAGCCUCUGCGUCGCAACAGCAGCGGCCUUAGCGGCGGUGCCAUCACUCCACGAUUGUCCCCAACGCUGCCUCAGGACACAGGCCCUCUGGAUCACCCCCUAGCCCGCCGCGCACAGAGCGACCCUCUCAGUACUCUCUCCUGGCUACAGUCUAACGGCACAGGCAGCGGCUCCUUCUCCGGAGCGUCCAGCUCCAGCUCCGGCGGCUCGUCCACCGGUUACUCCUCCUGCUCCGCCUCCUCCCUGCCCGGCGGCUCGCCCACUGACUCCGAGGGAGGCGGCAGCGGCGUGGGCCUCACCUCGGGGAUGCUGAGCCGACUUAAAGGCGGCUCCGGCCCCGGAGUGGCCGGCCUGGUCGGCGUCGGCGCCGGGGCCAACAGGGACUGCUUUGUGUGUUUUGAGAGCGAGGUGACGGCAGCCCUGGUGCCUUGUGGCCACAACCUGUUCUGCAUGGAGUGCGCCGGGCAAAUCUGCCAGUCGGCUGAGCCGGAGUGCCCCGUCUGCCACACCCCCACCACACAGUGCAUCCGCAUCUUCUCCUAAUGCCUCAGGCACGGGGGCGGCAAUGAGGGUAAAAUAGGAGAGGGCAGGAAGGAAACUGGAGCGGGGCACCAGAUGUGGCUGAGGUGACGAAAGGAUUCACUCUAAAAAAACCUACACUCACAAUGGACAAUAAUAAAUGCAUUACCAGAGAUGAUGAUACUAUACGGAUGCUGAUCUAUUGCCGAUAACUGUCAAGAUUAUGAAUAAUAAUAAUGAUAAUAAUAAUAAUAAUGACAAUGACUUACUUAGAGCGAAGUUAAGUGAAACUUGUCUGCAGACAGUUUGGGCUCAGACCGUGUCUCUCGGUGGACAACUUAUGGAAGGAAACUAGUGUCUUAUCUCUCUUCAGGCCUUCAUUAUGACCCGGAGCAGCCUGCACUGCUGGCCGCUGCUCCGUCUCGACGUUUCUUCAUUCUGGCUUCUGCGGAUCUCUGCCUGCUUUCUCUCUCACAGCCUUUUUCGUUGGACACUUUUGUACUUAACAGAUAUUUUUCGAUGAAGCUGUCUACGAGGCCUGCACUUUUCUACUCCCUUAUUUUAAUCUUCUCAACAGGACGCAAACCGUUCCACCAAACCCUUUGCUUUUUCUUCUGCUCUCACUCAUGCUGUCAUUUGUGACAUGAAGUGACGGGAUCGCUAUUUUUCUGUAGGUUUGGAACUUUUUUAAAGCAUGUAGUCAGGCACCUAGCAGAACAAUACACCCAAGGGACCUCCUUAUGGAUGGAUUUGUUUCUUGUUGCCACACACAAAUUAGCCAUCAUUAAUGCCAAAUGAAUGCUAUUAAUAGACCUUUUACAAUUCUAUAAACCCAAUAACCUGGUGGAUGAGUUUGGAGGAGUGGUCCACAUUUCUAAUGUCACUGAUGUAAUAAGUGAGAUACUAAAGGAAUGUGACUGAGGUCUGUACAUUUGGGCUGCCUGACAAUCCCUUUACAUCUUUGCGUGUGUUGUGUAUGUAUGUGUUUGUUUGUGUGAGAGAAAGUAAUUACCCACUUGUGCUGUGCUUCACACCGGCGUCAUGAACACGAGACGGUCUUGUUCCUGUCCUGCUGCCCUUGAUGCUCUGGCCCAGGACUCUUCCCUCUCACACCCUCGGUCUGUUACAGUUGGCCCAUUCAGUGUUCUCUUCGGUUUUAAGUGUCGCGUGUGGCUAACGGACACAUUGUGAACUCUAGGAUGAGAUAGGGCUCUUUGAUGUCACACAUGAAUGUCUUGUCCAAUAAGGAAAGAUGACUGCCACAUAAACGACGACAAGGGACUCGAUCAAACCAUCUUUCGUCAUGCACUGUAACCCCCAGCCCCUAUAAAAAGUAAAAAAAAAAAAAAAAAAAAACCCAAACAAA